AAUAUCAAAUCAUCAUAGGUUUUACUCUUUCUCUCUAGCUCUCUCGUGCUUCCCAAAAGAUGGCUUUCUCUAACCAGCAAAAUGUCGAUUGUCCAACCUUCAAGCUUCUCAUUGUUGGUGAUGCGGGAACCGGGAAAACCACCUUUGUCAAGAGACAUCUGACUGGGGAAUUUGAGCAGAACUAUGAACCUACUGUUGGUGUGGAUGUUCAGCCUUUAGAAUUCUUCACUAACCGUGGCAAGAUCCGUUUUGAAUGCUGGGAUACUGCUGGACAAGAGGAAUAUCGUGGUCUUAAGGAUGCACACUACGUCCAAGGUCAAUGUGCGAUAAUCAUGUUUGAUGUCAGAUCACGGGCCACAUACCAUAACCUUGACACAUGGUACCGUGAUCUCCGAAGGGUGUGUGAAAACAUCCCCAUUGUUCUGUGUGGUAACAAAGUUGAAGGGCCCCAUAGAGAAAUCAAGGCGAAGCAGAUUGAGUUCCACAGGCUUAAGGGUCUGCAGUACUAUGAGAUAUCUACAAAGAACAAUAGCGAUUUUGAGAAACCCUUUUUGUAUCUUGCUAGAAAACUUGCUGGAGAUGAAAAACUUUGCUUUGUGGAGUCACCAGCAGUUGCUCCACCAGAACCGCACAUUGACUUUGACAUUGAUGCUCAGAACAUUGCAUUUGCAGGAUUGAAGCUGAGCUCGUAAGAGCGGCAAGUCAGCCAGUCCCUGAUGAUCAUGAGGCUCUUCCCUUUCAAUAUAAAAGUCUUCUCGAUUGAGUAGACGUCGUUUGAUUAAUUGUCGUUUUAGCUUUGAGUCAUGUGUAAUAAAUAAAUAAAAAACAUGUCAUUAAGAGACCCUUAUCGUUUUGGUAAUGGUUUGAGUCAUGUUCAUCAGUUCAUGUGGAAUAUAUGUACCUUUCUCCAAUCUUUACAUUUAUAAGUGGAUGGACAUAUAUAUGUAAGAAUGAG